AUGAAGACCUUUGUCAGCAUUCUCGCCAUCGUUACCAUCGCCACCGCUGCUGCAACUCCCAAUCUCAAGCGCCGCACCGGCAUCAUCGAGAUGCGUGCCGUCUCGGACCUCUGCGGCCCUCUAGACACUCCCAUGUGCUGUGCCACUGAUGUUCUUGGAGUUGCCGACCUGACGUGCUCACCUGUUCCGACUAGUGUCACAACCAGUGACGACUUUGAGUCUUACUGCGCUGCAGAGGGCAAGUCUGCUGAGUGCUGUGUCACUUCACUGCUUGGCGAUCUUGGUCUUGUAUGCUCGGCUGCUGCUUGA